UGUCUUCUAUAUCUCUUCCAGAGUCGCAUCGGUAUCACUUUAGUUGACUGAUUGAUUCAUUUAAUUUUUAAUUUUUGAUUGCAUUCGUACGAGUUACGUGUCUUUUGUCUGGUUUUAUUUCGUGAACGGUUCAAAAAACAAAUAAACUAGUGACUAUGAGUAGACUGUAUCACUGCGGCUGAGCAGAGUAUUCUUUGAAUCCGUGAUUACGACGUCGCAGCGUGACAUCUCCGAUACGACUACCGAACUCACUCACUCCUUCGGUGCAAUUGCUUCCCGUUGGCCAAGAUGAAUUCCAUGAGUUUAUCUGACCGUCGUGGGGCUAAGCCCCAGCCGAGCAAGCUUUUCCGCAUGGAUUAUCUGCCCUCGCUGCCGAUGAAAUCAGCGCCGAAGGAAAAGGCGCUGAUGCACGCCAGCAACAAGAAGAUUUUCAUCGGGCCCAACUACCAGGCAGAACUGCCCGCCCUCCAGUCCACCCCCGCCGACCACUACUACCAGCACGUCCAUCGCCGCCACGAGAUCCCGCUGUGGAAACCCACCGACACCAUCACCCCGGAGAAACUAACCGCUCUCCUGGCGGAGCUGAAGAGCAAGGGUUUCGACGAGGACCAGGUGCUGGCCUUCCUUCUCUUCCAGGAGUACAAGGUAGACGCCACCCUGGCCGCCCUGCAGCACGACUACGUGGGCAAGCAGGAGGGGAUGCCGCUGCACGACAAAGUGCUCUUCGUGCAGGGUUACGGAUUCCAUGGGAAGAAUUUUGAGCGGAUCCGGGAUCUUGUGCCCAACCACUCCAUCCAGACGCUGAUUAAUCACUACUACACUGAAUUCAAGCGGAACAAGGCCAAUAAUAAACUGCAGACGACGACGCGCACUGAGACAGAGGUGCGGAAAUUGUCUAAUGCUCAGUUGAUGACCGAUCCCAAAGCGCCGCUGGCCGCGGCGGUUAAGGCAGUCGGGCGACCGCGGAUCCUUCGUGAUGCGGCCAAUUCCGCUGCCGUUUCGACCGAGAUACCCGAGGAAUCCACGGAGGGAAUGCUGUUUUUGCGUGCUCGUCAGGGUGAAGCUAUGGAUGAUGAAAUGGCAGGCUUGGAUGAGACCGACGAGAUGGAUGAGUCAUGGGAAGGUCAAGAACGCCGCCUGGAGCAGCAGCUGGAGGAGGAGCGUCAGAAGAUGGCCCAGCUGGAUGAACAGCUGGCGCAGUUGGAGCAGGAAGAGGGUCUGAAGGAAGAGAAGAAGCAGCGCGAGACCUACCAGGAUGAACUGCUGCAGGAUGACACGCUUGGACAGGCGCGCACCGAGGUCACCAAGGAGCCGACACUGCUAUGGCAUGCUGAGGAGUUGAAGAUGUUCAUGCGCUCACUGGUCGAAUAUGGGAAGGAUUUCGGACGCGCCAGUCGGCUGUUGCCGAACAAGACGGAGCAGCAGGUGCGCAAUAUGUUUUACAAUCGGGGACAUUUUUACGGCCUGGAAAAACUUAUACAGUUUCACGACGAGAAGGAGGCGAUGGCUGCCAGCAAGAAAUCGGCGUGAUGCUCAAAUGCUGUGCCCACAUUUCGUUGGCUCACUGGCUCUCGGGUUGGCAUUUGGCUCUUGCUUUACGUAACAAACGAUCUCAUGUGUAAUCAUUGCUUUUUUGGCCCGAUGAUUAUGAUUUGCCACGCAUCGCUGAUGUUCAUUCUACCGUUAUUACCGACAAAAUUUUCGAAGAAAGCGCAUAAUAAUUUACAAACCAAGUGUUUAGCGCGCAUACAGUUGUUUUUGCAAUUUUUGCGGUAUUUAUGUUCUGCAUCCGCGCUUGCCCAGGUGUGGUGAGAGCCGGUUAUUACGUCUUUAUUAGGAAAAGCGUGAGAUAAAAAAAUCAACAAAGAGAGAAGG